AUGCACUGUUUUGAAGACGGUAGCCUAAGACAAUAUCUAGAUAAUAAUCAUAUUCAAUUAUCUUUUGGAGACAAGCGACUAUAUCACAUUCAUUCUCAAGGAAUAAUUCACAGAGAUUUUCGUCCUGAUAAUAUACUAAUUAUAAAUACUACUCAUCUUGUACCAUCUGGUAAUGAAGAAUUAGAUGAAGAGUUGCUGAGUGACAAUCCAGAAAUAAAUGAAUUUAUUGAAGAAAAUGAUGGUUUAAUAUGGAUACCUUACGAACAAUUAUCAAAUAUCGAAUAUCUUGCUCAUGGUGGGUUUGGUGUGGUAUCUAAGGCCAGAUGGAAGUCUUCAGAAGUUGCUUUAAAGUGUUUAAAUAAUUCUAAAAAUUUGACAGCUGAUGUCUUACAAGAGAUCGCUCAUUAUCAAUUAUUUGAUCAUAGUAGAUAUAUUACUUAUGUUAAUCAAUGCUAUGGAAUUUCUCAAGAUCCCACGACGGGUAAUUAUUUAAUAGUAAUGCAUUAUUUUGAAAACGGUAGCCUAAGACAAUAUCUAGAUAAUAACCAUAGUCAAUUACCCUUUGGAGACAAGCUUGGACUGUUAUACACGAUGGCAAAUGGACUAUACCGUAUUCAUUCUCAAGGGCUUAUUCACAGAGAUUUUCAUCCGGGUAAUAUACUAAAUAGAUAUAGUGAAGAAUUGCUUUCUGGAUUGCCACCUUAUUACAACGUUCCUCAUGAUAUUUCCUUGACCAUAGAUAUAUGUAAUGGACUUCAUCCUAAUUUAGAUAUUAUUAACGUACCUCAGUUACUAAAGGAAUCAAUUAUUGGGUGUUGGGAUUACAGCCCACUAGUCCGUCCAACAGCUUUUGAAUUACUUAACCUUUUUAGAAAAUGGUAUCGUGAUCAGGAUGAAGAAUUUUAUCGUCAAUAUAAACUGAUAGAGGAUACCGAAAAAUCAACAACAUUAGCAACAUAUAAGCAAACAGAGGAUAUAGAAAGAUCAAUAACAAUAUACCAAUUACAUCCGCAAGCCAUUUAUACGAGUCGACUACUUUAUUUGUAUUUGAAGGAAAAUGUUUCCGAAAAUUUGAAUGAACUUCACGUUGAAGAAAAUUAA